AUGAGGCAGAGAGAGAGGAGAGGCAAGAGAAGAGGAAAGAAGAGGAGGAGAGAGAACAGGGGGAGGAAGAGAGGAGAGAGAACAGAGGGAGGAAGAGAGGAGAGCGAACAGGGGGAGGAAAGAGAGGAGAGAGAACAGGGGGCAGAAGAGAGGAGAGAGAACAGGGGGAGGAAGAGAGGAGAGCGAACAGGGGGAGGAAGAGAGGAGAGAGAACAGGGGGCAGAAGAGAGGAGAGAGAACAGGGGGAGGAAGAGAGGAGAGAGAACAGGGGGAGGAAGAGAGGAGAGAGAACAGGGGGAGGAAGAGAGGAGAGAGAACAGGGGGAGGAAGGGAGGAGAGAGAACAGGGGGCAGAAGAGAGGAGAGAGAACAGGGGGAGGAAGAGAGGAGAGAGAACAGGGGGAGGAAGAGAGGAGAGAGAACAGGGGGAGGAAGAGAGGAGAGAGAACAGGGGGAGGAAGAGAGGAGAGAGAACAGGGGGAGGAAGAGAGGAGAGAGAACAGGGGGAAGAAGAGAGGAGAGAGAACAGGGGGAGGAAGGGAGGAGAGAGAACAGGGGGAGGAAGAGAGGAGAGAGAACAGGGGGAGGAAGAGAGGAGAGAGAACAGGGGGAGGAAGAGAGGAGAGAGAACAGGGGGAAGAAGAGAGGAGAGAGAACAGGGGGAGGAAGAGAGGAGAGAGAACAGGGGGAGGAAGAGAGGAGAGAGAACAGGGGGAGGAAGAGAGGAGAGAGAACAGGGGGAGGAAGAGAGGAGAGAGAACAGGGGGAGGAAGAGAGGAGAGAGAACAGGGGGAGGAAGAGAGGAGAGAGAACAGGGGGAGGAAGAGAGGAGAGAGAACAGGGGGAGGAAGGGAGGAGAGAGAACAGGGGGAGGAAGAGAGGAGAGAGAACAGGGGGAAGAAGAGAGGAGAGAGAACAGGGGGAAGAAGAGAGGAGAGAGAACAGGGGGAGGAAGAGAGGAGAGAGAACAGGGGGAGGAAGAGAGGAGAGAGAACAGGGGGAGGAAGAGAGGAGAGAGAACAGGGGGAGGAAGAGAGGAGAGAGAACAGGGGGAGGAAGAGAGGAGAGAGAACAGGGGGAGGAAGAGAGGAGAGAGAACAGGGGGAGGAAGAGAGGAGAGAGAACAGGGGGAAGAAGAGAGGAGAGAGACAGUGCUGCGACGGCUUGGCUCGGGGCCGGUUCUGUUUUUCCACUUUGGCAAAACUUGUGGAGACGUGGCUGCCCCAAAAACCAUGACUCAGGGAGAUUCUUCUGGCUCCGCAUCGAGUCCAGGAUCCUUCUGUAA